AUGAAACGUUCCCGUAUUGCUGUCUGUCCACUUUUGACAGACGUAGCUUCUUCCUCCAGCUCAUCAUCCUCAAACAAUACAUACAUUGACAAUGGCGAUUGUACUUAUGUUUGUGAAUAUUGUCACGCAAAGUUUUGGUUUGAUGAACGUGUCGUUAGCCUAUCAACACGUAACUCUGUUAGAUAUAACAAAUGUUGUAAAGGUGGCCGCGUUCGUCUCUUAUUCCCUAAUGACCCUCCUUCAGAGAUUAAAAAUCUUUUCGAACAAUCUGCAUUCCUGGAUAAUAUUCGUUUAUAUAACUCGAUAUUUUCAAUGACAUCGUUUGGGGCAACGAUAAACGAUUCUAUUAACGAUGGAUCUGCUCCAUAUGUUUUUAGAAUUGAGGGUCAAAUACAUCAUUGGCUUGGGACAAUAUGCCCACCUGUUGGCGAAACUCCACGCUUCCUUCAAAAGUACAUCUAUGAUACCGAUAACGAACUACGCAACAGACUUCCUUUUUUUUCCAGAUGCCGUGGUGAUAACGACGGCCAUAGCAUUGGUAAACGCAUCAUUCUACCAUCGACUUUCGUCGGUGGCCCACGAUACAUGUACAAACACUAUCAUGACGCACUUGCUAUAUGUAGAGCACAUGGAAAUCCACAAUACUUUAUCACUUUCACAUGUAAUGUAAAAUGGCCUGAAAUUACACGAUACAUAUCUCAAUACCCUUUUCUUAAGGCACAAGAUCGACCUGAAAUAGUCGCCCGAGUAUUUAAGAUGAAAGUAGAUUCUUUGGUUGACUUUCUAAAAGUAGAACAGCCGUUUGGUCCUGUUGUCGCAGAUCUAUACACAAUAGAGUUCCAGAAAAGGGGACUGCCUCAUUGUCAUUUGUUACUAUGGGUACAUGAAAAGCAUAGGAUAAGAGAUGCCGAAGAACUUGACAAUUACAUUAGUGCAGAAAUCCCGGAUCUAGCAGGUGACCCUCUUUUGCACAAGGUCGUUACUGAAUUAAUGAUGCAUGGCCCAUGUGGGAUUGUCAAACCACAUGCCCGUUGUAUGUCUACUGGUGUCUGCUCAAAAAAGUUCCCCAAACCUUAUCGUGAAACAACAAUUUUUGAUAAAAAAGGCUAUGUCCAUUACAAAAGACCACUCUCUGGUAGAUUUGUCAUAAAAAAUGACGUUCCACUCGACAACGCCUUUGUUGUUCCCUACAACAAAACGUUAGCAAGACGUUUUCAAGCGCAUAUUAAUGUUGAAUAUUGUGGAUGGAACAUGAUGAUCAAGUACCUGUUCAAGUACAUAUCAAAAGGCGUUGAUCGAAUUCGUUUUAGAAUUUCCAAGACUACAGAUUCAUCGCGUACUACACAACAAACUCCUACAGCAACAAUUGAUGAGAUCACUGAUUUUACCGAUGCACGAUUCAUUUGUCCUCACGAGGCAGCUUGGAGACUACUAAAUUUUGGAAUUCAUGCUCGGCAUCCUGCAGUACAAGUACUAGCAGUUCAUGAAGAAGAAAUGCAAAAGCUAUAUUUCAAAAACAAUGAGCACCUUGAUAGAUUGUUACGCAACCAGUUUUGUAAAAGAACAACUCUAACCGAGUGGUUGCAUAAUAACGCCGUUGAUCCUGCCGGAAGACAUCUAUGGAGUAACAAUAGAAGGACUAACUAUGAAGAACGCACAAUUGGCAGACUAGCUUAUGUGCACCCAGGGUCUGGCGAGCUAUUCUACCUGAGAUUGUUGCUUUUCCAUCAGAGAGGCUGUGAAUCAUUUGUAGACAUAAAAACGGUCUCAGGUCAAGAACAGCCUACAUAUCGUGCUGCUUGUGAAAAACUUGGUCUGCUGGGAGAUGAUAAAGAGUGGCAGUUUGCUUUUACAGAGGCCGCUGCCUGGGCUACACCCUCAGAACUAAGAUCACUGUUUACACAUAUGUUACUCUUCUGUGACGUAUCAAAUCCAAUAGAGUUCUGGGAAAGCCAAUGGCGUACAAUGGGAGACGACAUCCAACAAACAUAUCAACUGAUGAAUGAAGAUGAUAUUAGAGAUUAUGUUUUGUACAAGAUACAGCUGCUAUUUAAUUCAGGUGUCACAAAUACAUCGUUAUCGGAUUUUGGAUUACCAUUACCUCGACAAGAUCUUUUGUUGUGCCUAAGGAACCGUUUACUAUUGGAGGAGAAAAACUACGAUAGAGAACAACUUUCGGCCGACAAAAACUUCAUCCACAACAAAUACUUAUAUAUAAUGAAGUCCUAG